UCACACAUCUAGUAAGUAUCUGAAGCCAGAUUAGAAUUCAAGUCUCCUGACUUCAAGCUCAGUGCUCUAUUUACUGAGCUACCUAGGAUUUUUCUGCAUAUUUUCAAUAGAGGCAUCAUGGCGUAGGGGACAGAGAGCUGAUCUUGGAAAAGGGGGGGCUUUGUACAGUAGAAGAACUGUGGCGUUAGAAUCAAGGGAUUCCUCUUGGGCUUACCGCUUGUGAGACCUUGGGCAAAUUACUUAACCUUCUUUGCCAUGAGGGAUGGACUAGAUGACCUCUGACAUCCCUUCAAGAUCUAGAUCUCUGGGGUGCGAGGCAAGAUGGCGCUGACUCAGGGCACUAAGCGAAAAGUCUGUUACUAUUACGAUGGGGAUGUCGGGAAUUACUACUAUGGGCAGGGCCACCCAAUGAAACCCCAUCGAAUCCGAAUGACUCACAACCUGCUACUAAACUAUGGACUCUACCGGAAGAUGGAGAUCUAUCGGCCCCACAAAGCCCAUGUGGAUGAGAUGACCAAGUACCACAGUGAUGACUACAUUAAGCUUUUGCGCUCUAUCCGUCCUGAUAAUAUGUCGGAGUACAGCAAGCAGAUGCAGAGAUUUAAUGUUGGUGAAGACUGCCCAGUGUUUGAUGGCUUAUUUGAGUUCUGUCAGCUAUCCACCGGUGGAUCUGUAGCUAGUGCAGUGAAGCUUAAUAAACAGCAGACGGACAUUGCUGUGAACUGGGCUGGGGGCCUGCACCACGCUAAGAAGUCUGAAGCUUCUGGCUUCUGUUACGUCAAUGACAUUGUGUUGGCUAUCCUGGAACUGUUAAAGUACCACCAGAGGGUGCUGUACAUUGACAUUGACAUUCACCAUGGCGAUGGCGUGGAAGAAGCAUUCUACACCACAGAUCGGGUCAUGACAGUGUCCUUUCAUAAGUAUGGAGAAUACUUCCCGGGAACGGGUGACCUACGGGACAUUGGAGUUGGCAAAGGCAAAUACUAUGCUGUCAACUACCCGCUUCAAGAUGGGAUCGAUGACAAGUCUUAUGAGGCCAUUUUCAAACCAGUUAUGUCCAAGGUGAUGGAGACCUUUCAGCCCAAUGCAGUGGUCUUGCAGUGUGGUUCUGAUUCCUUGUCCGGAGACCGAUUAGGCUGUUUCAACCUUACCAUUAAAGGCCAUGCCAAGUGCGUGGAGUUUGUCAAGAGCUUCAAUCUGCCCAUGCUGAUGCUGGGAGGGGGCGGCUACACCAUCCACAAUGUAGCCCGGUGCUGGACGUACGAGACAGCUGUGGCCUUGGACACAGAGAUUCCCAACGAACUUCCCUACAAUGAUUACUUUGAAUACUUUGGACCGGAUUUCAAACUUCACAUCAGCCCAUCUAACAUGACAAAUCAGAAUACCAAUGAGUACUUGGAGAAGAUCAAGCAAAGGUUGUUUGAGAACCUUCGGAUGUUGCCACAUGCUCCUGGUGUCCAGAUGCAGCCCAUUCCUGAGGAUGGGAUACAGGAGGACAGUGGAGAUGAGGAUGAAGAAGAUCCUGACAAGCGAAUUUCAAUAUGCUCCUCAGACAAGAGAAUCGCAUGUGAGGAGGAGUUUUCAGACUCAGAUGAAGAAGGGGAGGGUGGUUGCAAGAACUCAGCCAACUUCAAGAAAGCCAAGAGAGUUAAAAUGGAAGAGGAGAAGGAUCGAGAGCCAGAGGAGAAAAAAGAAGCAAAAGAGGAGGAGAAGACAAAGGAAGAGAAACCUGAAGCCAAAGGGGUGAAGGAGGAAACCAAGUCGGCCUGAGCGAUCCAGCUUUCCUUGGGGCCUGCUGCCCAUACCUCCUUCCUGUUUCCUUACCCCUACAUCCUCAGAGUUUAUAUUUUCUAUAUGUCUCUCUAUUUAUAUAUAAAUAUAUGAACUAGAACUGUCCCUACAACACAGGAACUAGGGGGUUUGCUGUUGGCUACCCGAUCCAAUGCCUUUGUUGCCUUGUACACCUGAGACCCAGUCAGGUGAAUCCAUUUCUUGCCUGACUUGCUGUUUAGGGCCUGGGAGCAUUUUUUCUAGGUGGGUUAUUUUUAAGAUGACAUAGGACACAUUGCCCUAGGUGGCUGGGUUGAGUAGCCUCCACAGCCCCCCUUAUCUCUCUCU